AUGGCUCUGGUCACCUCAGGCUCGGGUGCCGGCCAGGUGAUCGCCGAGGUGGCGAUGAACGGCGGCGCCGACCCGAACGCGACCACCGUGCGCGCUACCGUCGUGCAGGCGUCCACCAUCUUCCACGACACGCCCGCCACUCUCGAUAAAGCAGAGAGAUUGGUAGCUGAGGCUGCUGGGUAUGGUUCACAGUUAGUUGUCUUUCCGGAAGCUUUUAUUGGAGGCUAUCCUCGUGGAUCCACAUUUGGCUUCGGGAUCAGUAUUAGUAUUAUUAAUCCAAAAGACAAGGGAAAGGAAGCAUUCCGGAGGUAUCAUGCAGCUGCUAUAGAUGUGCCUGGUCCAGAGGUUUCACGCUUGGCUGCUAUGGCUGGAAAAUAUAAGGUUUUCUUGGUCAUGGGUGUGAUUGAAAGGGAAGGUUAUACCCUUUAUUGUUCGGUGCUUUUCUUUGAUCCUCUUGGCCGUUACUUGGGUAAGCACCGCAAGCUCAUGCCUACAGCAUUAGAGAGAAUUAUAUGGGGAUUUGGGGAUGGAUCGACUAUUCCUGUUUAUGAUACUCCACUUGGAAAGAUUGGGGCGCUCAUUUGCUGGGAAAAUAAAAUGCCACUUUUGAGGACAGCGCUGUAUGGUAAAGGUAUUGAGAUAUACUGUGCCCCCACUGCUGACUCCAGGCCUGUUUGGCAAGCCUCCAUGACACACAUUGCUUUGGAGGGGGGAUGCUUUGUCUUGUCAGCAAACCAAUUCUGCCGCAGAAAGGACUACCCUCCCCCACCGGAGUAUGAGUUUGCUGGUUUAGGUGAAGAGCCAUCUGCAGACACUGUUGUUUGCCCUGGAGGCAGCGUUAUCAUUUCUCCAUCUGGAGAAGUCUUGGCAGGUCCCAACUAUGAGGGAGAGGCACUGAUUACAGCAGACCUUGACCUGGGAGAGAUAGUUCGAGCCAAGUUUGAUUUCGACGUGGUGGGGCACUAUUCUCGACCUGAAGUCCUUAGCUUGGUAGUGAAUGACCAACCACAUCUCCCUGUGUCUUUCACGUCUGCCGCUGAGAAGACUCCAGCUGCCAAGAGUGACAGCGAUGCUACUAAGUCUUACUGA